UGAUUGAGAAAGUGACACAGCCGUGGUUGGUUGGCUCUGAGGUGAGGUCAUGUGGUCUAGGUUUGAUAAAACCGCCUCCCAGCCUGCGCUCACUUGUUUGGAGAAGCUCACCAUGGAUCUGUCAGCAGCUGUGGAAACAAACGACGACACCGUGCAGAAGAAGGAGGCUCAGAAGGACGAGCUGAACUGGCCUUUUGGGAAGAAAAAGGAUGAGAAGAAGGAUGACAAGGGUAAGUCAGACAAGAAGGAGGGGUCAGACAAAAAACACAAGGCUGACCAUGACAAGGACAAGGACAAGUCCAAGGAUAAAGACAAGAAGAAGGGAAAAGAACACAAGAAAAAGGACAAGAAGGGGAAAAAGUCUGGUGAUGGAUCAUCAUCGUCCUCUUCCUCCGAUGAGGACUGAACCUUUUGAGACCAGACAGCUCCAUCGUCUGAUGAUCUGCUGAGACGGAAACCUGCCGGAUCCCAAGUCCUGGAUGCUGAUCUCACAAUGUUCACGUUUGUUUGUUAAGCAAUGUGUUUUCCUCACCACCAGAUGGAAGCAUUUUUUAUUCUUUACAGCCACUUUGAACUUGAAGCGUCACUUAGGAGAUGUGCACUACUUUUGAACCUGUGGACCAAAACUCUUUAAAUAAAGCAAAGAUUGUUAUAUGAAUGAUAAGAUAAA